GCACGACGCCAGUCCUGUGGCCAAGCCCUCAGACCCCACCCGCAGGAGCCCUGUUGGGGGCGCCACCCCAGCACCCCCCCAAAGGGCCCGGGCCUGUGGGGGAUUCUUCACGUGACGCGGUGAUGCAGAACGGUUGUGACCUUCAGUGUGUGUCUGCGAACGCUGGGGUCCCAGUAACAGUGCGGGUUUGCACCCGGCCCUGCCCGUGGGUGCGGGGACGUGUGGGUGUGUGGGCAUAUGUGGGCGUGUUGGGGAGGGUGCCCAGAGACAUGUGACAAAGACCCGUCUCUGGGAGAUGGUAAAGAGGCCUAGAGCUGGCGCUUUGUCUGGUUGUCUGCAGAGCCGCGGCGCCCGCCUGAGCGGUUGCAGGAUGCUUGGGCGCCAGGGUGGCCGAGGGCGCGCGCGCCCGUGCCAGGGUGAGUGCGCUGCGGCAGCGCCGUGGGGCAGAGUGGAGGGCUUGGCCGGGCCUCGGGCGUGACUGUGCGCCACCCGUGGGCGCUGCAGUGGCCGCGUGUCCCCGUGACCUCCCGAGCCCGGCUGGGGCCCGGGUGGAUCCCUGUGCCCCUCCCGGUCCACCUUCCACGUGCGUGUUCGCGGCGCGCGUGUCCGCCAGCGCGUACCCGCCUGCCUGUCGCCGCCGCCACCGCGAACGGCGCGGAGAAAAGGUGCCGGGAGCCGAGAGAGCCGGGGCCGAGGGCCCGAGCGCCAUGGGCCGGAGGGCGCGCGGCUGGCGGGCCCGGCCUCGCCCCCGCGAGAGAGCGGCCUGGAGUCGGCAGGGGCCGGCUGGGUCCGCGGGGAGGCCAGCCCGCGCCCCCUGAGCGACGGACACCAGGUGAGCCCCCCUCCCCCGCCCCGACAGGGCUCAGAGGGAGGCCCGCCCGGGGAGGAGCCACAGUCCACGCCAGGGAUUUGGGGGACGCCAUCCUCAGCCACGAAGGGGAAGGCACGGAGGGGGGAGGGGGCUGGCCGUUCCAGAGGAUGCCAGAAGGAAGUUCCCGGACCCUCCCUGCUCUUGGCCCUCCUCCACUUCCUGCCUCUUGCCUCACCUUGUUCCCAGUACCUGGACUCCCUUCAACUGUUUGGGAAAUGUGACCUUUACUCUGGGGGGCCCUAGUCUGCAGCCCCAGCCAUCUUUUCUCCCUGGGGUCCUCUGUGAGCCUCUUACCCAAACCUUCCCCAGUUCAGACUCUGGAAACUGGUUCCUGGGACUGUGCCCUGGGCACAAGUGGGCACAUGCCCUAGCCCCACCUGUGCCUGGGGCUGCGGCCCUUUCCCACAGGGCACUCACCAUGGCCCCGCCGCUCCUAUUGCUGCUGCUGGCCAGUGGAGCCGCUGCCUGCCCGCUACCCUGUGUGUGCCAGAACCUGUCGGAGUCGCUCAGCACCCUUUGUGCCCACCGAGGCCUGCUGUUUGUGCCACCCAACGUGGACAGGCGCACAGUUGAACUGCGCCUGGCUGACAACUUCAUCCAGGCCCUGGGACCACCUGACUUCCGCAACAUGACAGGGCUGGUGGACCUAACGUUGUCUCGAAAUGCCAUCACCCGCAUUGGGGCUCGCUCCUUUGGGGACCUGGAGAGCCUGCGCUCCUUGCACCUGGAUGGCAACAGGCUGGUGGAGCUGGGCAGCAGCAGCCUCCGGGGGCCUGUCAACCUCCAGCACCUCAUUCUCAGUGGCAAUCAACUGGGCCGCAUCGCUCCCGGGGCCUUCGACGACUUCCUUGACAGUCUCGAGGACCUGGAUGUGUCCUAUAACAACCUCCGGCAGGUUCCCUGGGCUGGCAUAGGCUCCAUGCCUGCCCUGCACACCCUGAACCUGGACCAUAACCUCAUCGAUGCACUACCCCCAGGUGUCUUUGCUCAGCUCAGCCAGCUCUCCCGCCUCGACCUCACCUCCAACCGCCUGGCCACCCUGGCACCUGAUCCACUCUUCUCCCGAGGCCGGGAUGCAGAGGCCUCCCCCUCCCCCCUGGUGCUGAGUUUCAGCGGGAACCCAUUGCACUGCAACUGUGAGCUGCUGUGGCUGCGGCGGCUGGCCCGGCCGGAUGACCUGGAAACCUGCGCUUCACCACCAACCCUGGCAGGCCGCUACUUCUGGGCAGUGCCUGAGGGAGAGUUCUCCUGUGAGCCUCCGCUGAUUGCCCGGCACACACAGCGCCUAUGGGUGCUAGAGGGCCAGCGGGCCACCCUACGGUGCAGGGCCCUUGGUGACCCUGUACCUACCAUGCACUGGGUUGGCCCUGAUGACAGGCUGGUUGGCAACUCUUCUCGAGCCUGGGCUUUCCCCAAUGGGACCCUAGAGAUUGGGGUGACGGGCGCUGGAGAUGCAGGCGCCUAUACCUGCAUUGCCACCAACCCUGCUGGUGAGGCCACAGCCCGAGUGGAGCUCCGGGUACUGGCCUUGCCCCAUGGUGGGAACACCAGUGCUGAGGGGGGCCGUCCUGGGCCUUCGGACAUUGCUGCUUCUGCUAGAACUGCUGCUGAAGGCGAGGGAACUUUAGAAUCUGAACCAGCCGUGCAAGUGACAGAGGUGACUGCCACCUCUGGCCUGGUGAGCUGGGGCCCAGGGCGGCCAGCAGACCCAGUGUGGAUGUUCCAAAUCCAGUACAACAGCAGCGAGGAUGAGACCCUCAUCUACCGGAUUGUACCAGCCUCCAGCCACCACUUCCUGCUGAAGCACCUGGUUCCUGGUGCUGACUACGACCUCUGCCUGCUGGCCCUGUCACCUGCUGCUGGGCCCUCCGACCUCACAGCCACUAGACUGCUGGGCUGUGCCCACUUCUCUACACUACCAGCCACCCCCCUGUGCCAUGCCCUACAGGCCCAUGUGCUGGGCGGGACCCUGACUGUGGCAGUGGGGGGUGUCCUAGUGGCUGCCUUACUGGUCUUCACUGUGGCCUUGCUGGUUCGGGGCCGGGGAGCUGGGAAUGGCCGCCUCCCACUCAAACUCAGCCAUGUCCAAUCCCAGACCAAUGGUGGCACCAGCCCCAUGCCCAAGAGCCACCCACCACGGAGCCCUCCACCCCGUCCUCAGCGCAGCUGCUCCCUGGACCUAGGAGACACCGGAGGAUGCUACGGGUAUGCCAGGCGCCUGGGAGGAGCCUGGGCCCGGCGGAGCCACUCUGUACAUGGGGGGCUGUUGGGAGCUGGGUGUCGGGGGGUGGGGGGCAGUGCGGAACGGCUGGAGGAGAGCGUGGUGUGACAGAAAGGGCAGCCUCUUUUGUGCCCUGAGGAAGGAGCAGUGCCACUGUUGGGCCCAGGUGGCAGCACCCAGCCUGGGUGGGCAGCACGGCCCUGGGUCCCACUCUGCUUUUUAUCCUCAGUACCUCAGGCCCCCAUGUACUUGGUGGGACAGCAAACCCUUUCCUUGGUUUUGGCCUCCAGACUAAAGGGACAGGUCCCACCAACAGGUGCUCAGAGCCACCAAGGCAGGGGCUGUAGCCACCAAGAGGGAGUCUUGUUUCUAUUUAUAAUAAAAUUGUUGGGGACACUUCAG